AUGGCCCCGAAAGUGAGGAACAAAGGGGCUCCGAGCCGAAAGGGGAACGCGGGAGCGCAGGAUUCGCAAAUUCGGCGUAACCGUAAACAACCAUGGAGACGAGAUCCACGUGCGGUGAGGGGGAGUGUCCAGGAAGGACAAGGAUUUGCUUUUUGGAGAAAGCAAAAGAUUCAACGUGAUUACAAGAAGUUAUUGAAAAAGGAAAAAGAUGCUAAUUCCCAGAAGAGUGUUGGGUAUACAGAGAAUUAUCCAGAACACUUGAAGCAUCUUUAUUUAGCUGAGGAAAAAAUGCUCAAAGAACAACGUAAGCCUAAAAAUAAUAAUCCGAUUCUAUUGGAAGAAAUAAGUACCAGCACGAUCAAGUUCAGCAUCACAAAGAGAAAGCUUAAAGCAAAAACUUCAAACCAGAAAGCACAAGAAGAAUAUGAACAAAUAAAGGCUAAGAGGGAUAUGAAAAAAGAGGCUGCCAGAAAAAGGAAGGAAGAGAGAGAGAAUGCUCAGAAGCUUUACAAACAAAAGAAAAUGGAAGCAUAUAAAAUAUUAAGUAAGAGGACUAGAAAAGGACAGCCAGAUCUGAAUUUGCAGAUAGAAUACCUACUUCAGAAGAUACAGCAAAAACCAUGAACAAUUAUGUUUACGAUGGGUUCUAAUAAAAAUACUCCUUGCAAUUAUUUUGUCACUGCCUCAAGGAUAAUCAGUCCUCUCCAGUUUUUAAUACAGAUUGUUCCCAGGAAAAAUGAGAGACCUGCUCUGAAAGUGCCUGUAGUUGUCUAAAUAGAUGAAUUAUUAUUGCAAUGUCCACCCUGGCAUUGUGGGUUUUUUCACUACAUUUUAUUUGUAGCUUCGCACUACUUCACUGGCAUGCGCAGUUAUUCUGACAUCUCAUAUUGCAGGAUUUAUUUGUGUGGUCAAAACCUUGCAAUGCAUCUAUUUGCUAACCAGUUACAAAAAAAUUAUUGUAAUGGCUGUCAGUCUUAUGUGCAGGAUAGAAAUGAUAGAGAACUGGUUGUUCAGUGAACACCCAGGUCAAAAUCUACAUGCUGUGUAAGGACCCUGUCUUCUGUAACCAAGACCCAUCAGAAAGAAGGUUUCCCCCCCUUUUUUUGGACUUGUUAAAAAUAGGCAUCCCCUUUUAGAGCCUCAGUGCCGAGGGAUUUAAAACUUGAGGAGUCUCAGAAAGGCACUGAAAUUCAGCAAUGACACUAAAGAGUUCUAGGGAAAAGGUAGGGUGUUAAUUUGUAAGUGCAAUCUCCCCAUCUUUGUGGUGUGCCUUUCUCACAAACAAAAGAGUUUUCAAUUACGAGGACAUCAGCCAAUGUCCUUGCAUACCUGGAGGUGUCUUCUGACUGCAAAGCCAGUAACUCAAUCAAGGGAGACCCUUAAAUCGUUCAUUUGCCCUGAAUCCUUAUCUUUGCCUCUCCUGGGAUUUUUUGCUACCAAAGUAUGACAGCAGUUAACUUUAACCCUGCUGGUAUGAUUCAAACGUAUUUACCCAGUCUAAAGUCAAGACAGCUGAGCCCCUGCCAGGGCCCUGGACCUUGUGUCCAUCAAAGAGGGACCCAAAGCCCCAGAAAACUGUUCCUCAGAUCUCUGCUGUCAGAACUCUGGCUUCCUUCUGAGAACCCCUGCUGGAUCCUGCUGACUUUUCUCCCUACUUUGCCAGCUCCUUGCUCUGUUCCUCAAACCUCUGCUGCACCAACUCCCAGAUCUCUUUAAACCACAAGACCACUUCUCUAAGGUUGUGAAUCUUCCCAGUUUCCUCUUUUUCUCCCUCUAAUAAGGUGCACUCUCUUGCUUGUGUUUGUGACUGCUUGGGGAAUCAGUUCUCAUGUGUAGGUUCUUUGUUUUUUUAAAAAAAAUUACUUUUUUCUAUACAAUAAAUUUAUUUUAUGUGUUUACAAUCACUUCCUCUUUCCUCAAGUUCUAUUUUGUGGUAUCAGUACUGAUAUCCUGGUAUACCCACACUACAAGAUUGUGCGUUAUCCUUUUCUGGAACCCCUUCUAUUGUUAAUUUAUCUCCAUAGGGACCAGUUCAGGUAACAACUGCAUGGUAAGCUAUUCUUAAAAAAGGAAAACAUAUGGACAUACCUAGUGCAUUGAUAGUAAGAUUAUAUAAUUUGAAUUAAUCGCCUGCAACGUGGUAUAUGACAUAGGAUAGUGGAUUGUACAGCUUUUGGCAGAGUAACAGUAGGAGCUUCAGGAUACAUACCUGAAAAUAUCUUGGGCUUCAAAAUUGUUCAGAUGCUUCAGUAUGGGCUGUUUUUAUAGUCUCCUAAAUAUUGGACUUAUGAAAUACAUGUCUGUACAUUCACCAACAUUACGCAUGACUUUUUAGUGAAUAUUCUGAAGAGCGUAGAAAUUUACAGACUGACUUGUUCAGAAAAGGGCAAAUGUUUGCUUGCCCUAAAUGUGUGGAUUAGAAACUGAAGGGUCCCGCUUUAAUGUAUUGUCAAAGGCUUUCACGGCCGGAUUCAACUGGUUCUGGUGGGGCUGUAAAACUGGGAAGGCUAGCAAUGAAAGAGCUUGAAAGAUUCUUAAGUGUAAGAAUGUGAAACUGCCAACCAAAAUCAAAUUCAUUUCAUAGCAUUCUCCAUUAUUAUGUAAGGGUGUGAAAUUUGAAUAAAGAAAAAAACUGACAAAG